UCCUAUUCACAUUUGUUUCCAUUGGCAUAAUUGCGCGGGUUUUUAUCCUCAAACUGUAUUAAAUUGUUUUGUUUACUAUUUGUUAACUAGUUGUUUGCGAAGUAAGCGCUAACAGCUGAAUGCAUCGCAAGUCGUCAUGUCCAAGAAGCCCGCAGUGCCCAGAAAACAGCUCACACUCAGCAGCUUCAUUGGCCUGGAUAGCAAUUCCCAGAGUCAGCCAAAAAGCAAAGUGGCGUUCAAGACUAGUAUCUACAAUCCAAUCUUUCUGGACUCCUCGUCCUCCGAUGAGGAUUCUACCCAGGGAUCCAGUCAGUCCAGCAAGGACACUGCCUCUUCCAAGAAAUCCAGCAAGUCGUUGAAAAAGGUUAUAUAUCUUAACUCUUCCGAAUCGCCAUUUGCCUCGCUUCCUGCCAAGAAACCUUACAUAGACUCGCCUGACAAAUCGAAAAAGAGUGAGAGCAGCCACUCGUACAGGGGCCUGUCCGAAUCCCCUCUAGAAAAAUCGCCGUUUGAAGAUUACCUAAAAAAACAUCCACAGAAUGAGAGGAAAAAAGCGCCCUUUUCGCUAUUGGAUUCUCCUGCUGCUGCAAAGCCUGUGAAGAAAUCGGAGCUUAAUUUAUUUGAGGAUUCUGCAAAGAAAUUGUCACAGAAUAAUAGAAAGUCCACAGACUCCCCUCUGCAAAAAUACUCGUUCGAGGACUCCCCAAUCAAGCAGAAUGGAGGAAGGCACCCUUUACUCACACUGCCUGAUUCACCGCCACCUCCACAGGCUGCUAGGAAACCCGAGAAGACAUCCCCCAAAAAACCACCAGAAAGGAAGCCUUCGAGGGAUAGAAUCAUCAUUGAGGAUUCUCCUAAGAAACCUGAGAGAAAGCCCGCCCUUUCCACUUUCCUCGAAUCCCCGCGAGCUUUAAGUUCCUACAAAAACACAGGCAGUAGUAAAAAUCUCUUCGAGGAAUCCCCUGAGAAAAGUGGCAGUGGGCCGUCAGGCUACAAACUGGGUUCGGCAAAAGAAAACGCCAUUCCAUCUAAACCUACGACUGUCACUCUGGAAGGGAACAGUCUCAACUCUUCUCCACCUCCAGCGGCGCCUUUGAAGCCCCGACUCAGUGUGACUUUUGACAAUUCUCUGGCUGAUUACCUAAAGGAUUUGGCCCAGAACGACAAUUUCAGCAUCGAUCCCACCAAACAAAGCGUUGAGGCGCAGAAGAGUUCUCUGGGCUUCUUUCGCACAACUUACAUUGAGCUAAUGGAAAAGUAUUGUUCUCUGAUUGACCAAAUUCCCGCCAUGCACUUUAAUGAAAUUACUGGCUUCCAGCCGAACACGUUCCUCAAACUCAAGGUAAUGCGACAAAAGUUCAAGGCAAGGACGCAGCUGCUCCAGAAACAUAUGGAUAAGAAUGAAAGCAAGCUAAAGGCCGAGCAAGAAGCUCUGGAACAGGAGGAAAGGGAAAUGCAGGAGGAGCAGAGUCAGUUUAAGGCUUCAAGUUUAACAAGCAAACCAUUAUCAUCCCCGCCAGAAAGUAGUCUUCGCGCCUUAACCCUUAAUAAACCCACAGAGAGCAAGAAGGAAAAGUCAAAGGAUUCUCCGCCUCCGAUGACUAGACGCCAGCAACUCCUCCAUGAUCUUUGCGGGGAGCCUGAUGAUUUUUCGCCGCCAAGUGAACCGAUCAAUUCGCCGCCUAUACCCAAACGCCAGCAGCUCAUUCACGACCUUUGCGGGGAGCCAGAUGAUUUCACACCAUCCCCGCAGAAAAAAGAUCCACAUCUAUUGCGAAAGUGUGAGGAACUUGUUCACGACUUGUGCGAGGAGCCGGAUGACUACUUGGCCCAGAGCAUGAUGCUGGACGGCGACCUGGAGGAGGAGCAGAUGAACGGGCCCACGCAGCGGACCAUAGUCAGCGAGGUGGAUGAUGACGACGAUGACUUGGAGGGUCUGCUGGCGGACAUUGAGAACGAGCACCAGGAGUUGCAGGGCCGUAAGUCGGAGUUCAAUAACUACAGCUACAGGGACUUGGAGGCAGUUAAGGUGAAGGAGAAGCCAAAGGAGCUGCCAACGAAUAUUACCCUGGAUGACGAUGGCUUUCCCGAAUACGAUGAGGAAAUGUUCGAGCAAAUGCACUCCCAGGCUGCUAUUAAGAACAGCAUUCGAGGUGACGGCCCCAGCAGCAGCAAAAGCGUUGUGCCGGCCAAGCUUUCCAGUGCACCGAAUUCGCAGAAGCUGUCCGGGAAUUUCCACUCCAACGUGCACAAUGAUGGCAUCACAGGCGAGUUCGAUGGCCAGAAGUUUGAGCACUCCACCCGCCUCAUGCAUGGCCUGAGCUACAGCUUCGGUCUGAAGAGUUUCCGUCCCAAUCAGCUGCAGGUGAUCAAUGCGACCCUUCUGGGCCACGAUUGCUUUGUCCUGAUGCCAACGGGAGGAGGAAAGUCGCUGUGCUACCAGCUCCCUGCUAUCCUGACCGAGGGAGUCACCAUUGUGGUUAGUCCGCUGAAGUCGUUGAUCUUUGAUCAAAUCAAUAAACUGGCUUCUCUGGAUAUUUGUGCCAAGAGUCUGAGUGGAGAACAAAAAAUGUCCGACGUAAUGGCCAUCUACAGGGAUCUGGAGUGUCAACCACCUAUGGUCAAACUGCUCUACGUGACGCCCGAGAAAAUCAGCAGCUCCACCCGCUUCCAGGACACACUAGACGCCCUGAACUCAAACAACUACAUAAGUAGAUUUGUUAUAGACGAGGCGCAUUGUGUUUCCCAGUGGGGUCACGACUUCCGGCCGGACUACAAGAAGCUUGGAGUCCUGAAGAAGCGGUUCCCCAAUGUACCAACCAUUGCCUUAACAGCCACAGCCACGCCACGCGUUCGGUUGGACAUUCUAGCGCAGUUGAACCUGAAGAACUGCAAGUGGUUCUUGUCCAGCUUCAACAGGAGUAACUUGCGGUACAGAGUGUUGCCCAAGAAGGGUGCCUCCACGUUGGAGGAUAUUAGUGGCUACAUUCGCACCAAGCCGGCGCAUUCCAGCGGCAUCAUUUACUGUCUUUCCCGCAAGGAGUGCGACGAGACGGCCAAGAAGAUGUGCAAGGAUGGCGUCCGGGCGGUGGCCUAUCAUGCGGGCCUCACGGACAACGAGCGGGAGUCCCGCCAAAAAGAUUGGCUGACCGGAAAGAUCAAGGUGAUCUGCGCUACCAUCGCCUUUGGCAUGGGCAUCGACAAGCCAGAUGUGCGGUUCGUUUUGCACUACUCGCUGCCCAAGUCCAUCGAGGGUUACUACCAGGAGGCAGGUCGCGCGGGACGAGACGGCGAGAUGGCCGACUGCAUCUUGUACUACAACUAUUCGGACAUGCUCAGGAUAAAGAAGAUGCUAGACUCCGACAAAGCUCUCCAGUACAAUGUGAAGAAGAUUCAUGUGGACAAUCUUUAUCGCAUUGUUGGUUACUGCGAGAAUCUCACGGAUUGCCGGCGUGCCCAGCAGCUGGACUAUUUCGGGGAGCACUUUACCAGCGAGCAGUGCCUGGAGAACCGGCAGACCGCCUGCGACAACUGUCUCAACAAACGAGCCUAUCGAGCGCUAGACGCCUUGGAGCAGGCUCGCAAGGCAGCGCGAGCUGUCAAAGAUCUGUGCAGUGGCCGAUCCCGCUUCACUCUUUUGCACAUAGCCGACGUCCUGAAGGGUUCCAAGAUCAAGAAGAUCGUAGACUAUAACCACCACAAGUCACCCCAUCAUGGCGUCUUGAAGGACUGGGAUAAGAACGACGUCCAUAGGCUGCUGCGCAAGAUGGUCAUCGAUGGCUUCCUUAGAGAGGAUCUGAUAUUUACGAACGACUUCCCGCAGGCCUAUUUGUAUCUGGGCAACAACAUCAGUAAACUAAUGGAGGGCACGCCCACCUUCGAGUUCGCCGUGACCAAAAACUCCAAGGAAGCCAAGGCGGCAGUGGCCACCGUCUCCGAUGGCGCAGCGAGCAGUAGUGCUGAUGGCAAGUCAGAUAUGCGGGAGAUUCACGAGCGGUGCUACACGGAUCUGCUGGAUGUGUGCCGAUCCAUUGCCGGCCAGCGGAACGUCACCAUGGCCAGUAUCAUGAAUAUUCAGGCCCUGAAGGCCAUGGCCGAAACACUGCCCCUCACCGAGAAGGACAUGUGCAGCAUUCCGCACGUUACCAAGGCGAACUACGAUAAAUACGGCGCAAGGCUGCUGGAAAUCACCAGCAAAUAUGCCUCCGAGAAGCUAUUGAUGCAGGCCCUAAUCGACGACGAGGAGGAGGAGAAGGCGGCCGCCAAGGAGAAGCCCAGCACCUCGGGCUGGAACAACAACGACAGUGUGGACUGGGACAGAGCGGUGGCCUCGCAGGGCGGGGCCAACACGAGCGGUGGCAGUGGGUUCAACUCUUUCCGAGCGGGCAAGCGAAAAAAGGUCUACAAGGCGGGAGCCAGCAAGAGGUACAAGGCGAAUACAUCGUCGCCGGCGGCCAGGAAGACAACGUCAGCCAGGGGUCGGGGUGGCAAGGCGGGCGCCAAGCGAGCAGAGAGCACAGCAACCUCCUCAUCCGGCUGGAAAUCGAAGAAAACAGGAAGCAGCUUCGGCUUCGAUUUAAUGCCAUUGCCAGGAUCAAAAUAACUCGAGAUGGUUGGACCAUCAAUAACAUUAAGGGCUGCUAACAACAUUAGAAUUCUCUGAGUAAGCAAUCUCUAUUUAUUUUCGGUAAACCUCCUUUGUUCUUACGCUCCAUUAAAGUUUUUUAAGUUCAAUUAGUAGAAUUAAGAGCUUA